CUCGAAUUCGUCCGUGAUGCUCAACACGAUACGCGCGGCGCCGAAGAGCGGCGCUACACAGUACCGCACGAAACCCCACAUGGGCGCAAGCAAGGUAUGCGCGGCUCCGGCGGCCGUGCCGGCGACCCACGCCACGGGGCGGAGCAGCCACAUGGCGACUGUGGACAGGAUCGUCCAGGUCCAGGACACCAAGCCCCGCGCGCCCGACAGCACGAGAGGCACGAGGACGACAGCGGCAGAGAGCAGAAACCCCCAGACGCCAAUGCUGCUGCUGCUGACGGCGUCCAUGACGGCGCCGGUCUCGUCGGUCAUGUUGAUCUUAUCGCCGCCCAUGGUUCCAGGCUGAGUGUGCGGCGGGUUAGUCCCUGUCUGCCUAGCACCGUGAGGCUAUGUUGCUGUUGGCUUGUUGUCUGGUUCUGGCCCUGGCAACUGCAUCUAUAUCGACUUAUAAGGUUGGUGGUUCAGGGGGAAGGUUCACUGUGGACAACCAAUCGCGUGAAAGCGACCUUUCAUGCGGUACAACAAAAGGCCAUGAUUGUGAUUAUCUGAAGGCGAACACAAGCAAGAGGACGAAUUGAACAAUCAACACUUGCGCUCGAAAGUUGCUGAGCGGUUCGGCUUAUUAUGAGACGCCGAGCCCGUUGUUUGAGUUGCGCCUCCGUUGGCAUGCGCCGUAAGAACUGGGCUGGACUGCCAUCUGAUAGAACAUCCGUAGCGAGGUC